AGCGCUAGGGAGACUGCAAGGGAAGCUGAACUGCCUACUCAGGGUACACUAGCAAGAAUCUGGAAAGAGUAUAUGCGUCUUCUGCUGGUGUCGAGGCUUCAAGUGAGGGACUAGUGUGUGAGAGGGAGAGGUGUAGGAAUGUGUCUUACACGGUCCCUCUUCUCAUUUUGAUGCCACCAGGUCUCCUGGGGACCUUACUCCGGGUAUGAGGAGGAGGCUUAUUCAGCUGGGCCGCUGCCGGAGCUCUGUUACAAGGCUGAUGUCCAGGCUUUUAGUCGGGCCUUCCAACCCAGUGUCUCCCUGAUGGUGGCUGUGCUGGGUCUGGUGGGCAAUGGCUUAGUCUUGGCCACCCAUCUGGCAGCCCGCCGAACUACCCGAUCUCCCACCUCCGUUCACCUGCUCCAGUUGGCCCUGGCUGACCUCUUAUUGGCCCUGACCUUGCCUUUUGCUGCAGCAGGGGCUCUUCAGGGCUGGAAUUUAGGAAGUACCACCUGCCGUGCCAUCUCAGGCCUCUACUCGGCCUCCUUCCACGCAGGCUUCCUCUUCCUAGCCUGCAUCAGCGCCGACCGCUAUGUGGCCAUCACAAGAGCUCUCCCAGCAGGGCAGCGGCCCUCCACGCCUAGCCGUGCCCACUUGGUCUCAGUCUUCGUGUGGCUGUUGUCGCUGCUUCUGGCUCUACCUGCGCUCCUUUUCAGCCGGGACGGGCCACGGGAAGGCCAACGACGCUGUCGGCUCCUUUUUCCCGAAAGCCUCACGCAGACUGUGAAAGGGGCAAGCGCCGUGGCGCAGGUGGUCCUGGGCUUCGCGCUGCCUCUGGGUGUCAUGGCAGCCUGUUAUGCGCUCCUGGGCCGCACGCUUCUGGCCGCCAGGGGGCCAGAGCGGCGGCGUGCACUGCGCGUCGUGGUGGCCUUGGUGGUGGCCUUCGUGGUGCUGCAGUUGCCCUACAGCCUCGCCCUGCUGCUGGAUACAGCCGAUCUACUGGCAGCCCGUGAGCGGAGCUGCUCCUCCAGCAAGCGCAAGGAUUUAGCUCUGCUGGUCACCGGAGGCCUGACCUUAGUCCGCUGCAGCCUCAAUCCGGUGCUGUACGCUUUUUUGGGCCUGCGCUUCCGCCAGGACCUGAGGAGGCUGCUACAGGGCGGAGGAUGCAGCCCGAAGCCCAACCCUCGUGGCCGCUGCCCCCGCCGACUCCGCCUUUCUUCCUGCUCCGCUCCUACUGAGACCCACAGUGUCUCUUGGGACAACUAGGGCUACAAUUCCAGAGAAGGGGGAGGGCUAAAGAAACGAUCCCAGGGAGGGAAACAGAAAGGGGAGGUAAGUAGGGGGACGUUGAGAAAGACUUUAGGAUUUAAAGGAACUCACUCUGUGCUCAAUUAAAUGAUUCAAUGCAAAUGAUAUUGCAACCCAA